CUCCCAAUCACUCACUCCCUCUCCUCUCCGACGACGAGCACGGCCGAUACGCAGUCGACUCUCCGUCCAGCAUGAACCACCACCCCGCAGCCUGGGGCCAGCCCCUUACCGCCCACCAACAGUUCGACAUGUACUCUACCUUCCCUAUCGGACACACGGGCGCGGCGGCCGCGCCCGUCACACACACGCAGCAGCCGCUCGUGACGGGCACGUCGGUGAUCGGCCUCAAGUACGCGGACGGCGUGAUGCUGGCGGCGGACAACCUGGCGUCGUACGGCUCGCUCGCGCGCUUCCGCGACAUCCAGCGUCUGCACCCUUUGGGCACGCACACGAUCCUCGGCGCGGCGGGCGACAUGUCCGACUUCCAGUGGCUCAAGAAGGAGCUGGACGCGCUGCUGCGCGACGAAGAGGCGCUCAAGCUUACGGACGGACACCCCCCACUCGCCCCGCGGAACCUGUACACCUUCCUCGCGAACCUGUUCUACAGCCGACGGAGCCGCAUCAACCCGCUGUGGAACGCGUGCCUCGUCGGCGGGUGGGACUUUGAGAAGGACGAGCCAUUCCUUGGGUAUGUCGAUCUCCUCGGCACGACGUACACGGCGCCCACGCUUGCGACAGGGUUCGGGAUGCACCUCGCGCAGCCGCUUCUGCGUGAAAAGUUCGAGGCGAAGGCCGGCGUCGAUGGAAAGGGCCCGCUGCUGAGCGCAGAGGAGGCCGAGGCCGCCCUCGACGAGUGCAUGAAAGUGCUGUUCUACCGCGACGCGCGGAGUAUCAACAAGUACCAGAUUGCAAAGGUCACGAAGGACGGCGUGACGAUUUCGGACUCGAAGACGGCGCCUACAGUCUGGGACUUUGCCGAGGGCCUGCGCGGGUACGGAGCGCAGGUGCAGUAGGCGUGGAAGUAGAUAGACAGCAUGCAUGUGUAGGCAGUAGG